AUGUCUAGCUCGGACAGCUGGACAGCCUCCCAGAGGUUCUACAGAGGGAGGGCCAAGGUUAGGUUAAACAAUCUAGAUGUUACUGGCGUCAGCGCCCGCACGACCAGAGAGGAACACAUCCAGGUUCUCGUGGAGAAAUUUCAGUCCGAAGGCUGCAUUCGCCUCAAUCCGGAUAACUUUAUCAAAGCUCUCGUUUGCGACAACAUUCUCCCUAACCGGGAUGAUAGCGAGAUUCAAACUCUCGACCUUCCAGAUGAUAUUAAGCUUACCGUUUUUCAUGGAAAACACCGUGUACUCGCCGCCGACAGAUUUCUCUGGGAUAAAUUGUGGAUAGCAGAUCUCUAUUCCGAAAGUCUUCCCCGGGAGUUCCAGGUUAUUAUUCGUGAAGAGCACCCAAACGCUCAGCCGUUCUGUGAUGGUGACAUCUACCAGAAUAUCCGCAUGUACCAGGAACUCGGAGAUGUGAAAUUAUUGAGUACCUAA